CGUAUGUUCUUAGGAAAUCGGGCGUGUGAUCCAAUACGACGUCGUUAGAUAAGGUCCAGCACGAACCGUGCGUCAAAACGGUUGCAGAGGGGGAUUUCACCCAAUUUUGAAGUGAUAGCCAUGGAUGGACUGAGCGAUGAAGAAAGAAAAGCUCUCAGAGGAAGCAAAUUCGCUCCUCUCCCUCCUCCUCCUCCUUCGCGUUCCCGAUCCAAGUUGGCUCAUCCUGGGGGGCCAUUGACCACGAACAAGGCUGCGGCGCUGGCGAAGUUUCUGGAGAGGAAGUUGCAAGACCCUAAUGGGUUGUCUUCGAUUGAUCCCGAUAUUCUUGAACGUGCUGUUGAAAAUGCCAGAGACACUGUAUUUGCAAGUACUUCAAACUCAGGAAGAUCAAUUCGGCAUGUGACAUCCUUUGGUGACUCCGAGGAGUCAUUUGAAGAAGAAAGUACAGAAACCUCUAAGCCAAAGAAACAAAAGGAGAAGAAAAACAAAAAGGAGAAGAAGAAGAAGAAGAAAAACAAAAAACAGAAGGCACCAGAAGAUGGUGAAUGUGCUACGCUGAAGAAGCCCAAAAAAAGGAUGAAAUUGUGACCAUGAUUGAUACUCUAAGUGUUAUGCCGAAAAAAGUGAGGGGCUUGGCAUAUUGGCCAUGGAAAAGAGAACCUUAUUUUCAUCCAUUGCAUACUGAAGAGUGAAAACAUGAUUCGCCAAAUGGCUAGUUUCCUGAGCCAUCUGAAUGUUUGUUUUGUGAUUGUUGCAAGACUUUGAUUCUUUCCCCAGACCAAUAUUCAAUUUCUGGCAUAACAGACGUUUUAUGUUGUUGCUUUGUAGGUUAGGAUGUUAAAGAACAGUGAUUCUCAAUCAAAUGCAAUUGUGCAA